AGAGGGGGUUUGUGCAAAGACCAGAGCAUGGUAAAAAGGGCUACAAAGGAGGCGGUGCCAGAGAUUCCUUCUGCCCAAAGUUUGGUCCAUUGGAGAUGCACAUCCCAACAGCUAACCCUUUGGAUGGAUGGAUGAAGCUUCUACACUUUGUUUUUGAAAGUAAUUGACCGACAGAACAUGAGGCAAGGAAGAGUUCUGAGGUUAUCAGCUGCUUUGGGCUGAGCAUCAUCAUCUUUGCCCAAGUGGAUUUAGGCUUCCAAGACAGGCCUUCAGACAGUCCAAUGGCAGACCAAAGGAUGGACAUAUCUUCUACAAUUAGUGACUUUAUGUCACCAGACCCUGCUGACUUGAUCUCCAGUUCCCUUAGCACUUCAGGAAUGGACUGUAAUAGGAAAAGAAAGGGAAGCUCAACUGAUUAUCAACUCGAUGGCUUUCCUUUUGAGGAAGGUAUGGAUACAGAUAAAGAUGACCAGCAUGGAAGAUUGGAGUAUGCAGACCAACAAGGCAGGAUAAAAAAUGCAAGGGAGGCUCACAGCCAGAUCGAGAAGAGGCGCAGGGACAAGAUGAACAGCUUCAUAGACGAGCUGGCCUCGCUGGUGCCCACGUGCAACGCCAUGUCCCGCAAGCUGGACAAGCUCACCGUGCUCAGGAUGGCUGUCCAGCACAUGAAAACACUUCGUGGUGCUACAAACCCAUAUACAGAAGCAAACUACAAGCCUGCUUUUCUAUCAGAUGAUGAAUUAAAACAUCUUAUUCUCAGGAAUGAUUUGAUUGGUCAAAGUUUAUUUGAUUAUCUCCAUCCUAAAGACAUUGCCAAAGUGAAGGAGCAGCUCUCUUCUUCUGACACUGCGCCACGAGAAAGACUUAUAGAUGCAAAAACCGGACUCCCGGUCAAGACGGACAUCACGCCCGGGCCCUCGCGGCUCUGCUCUGGGGCACGGCGCUCCUUCUUCUGCAGGAUGAAGUGCAACAGGCCCUCUGUCAAGGUAGAAGACAAGGAUUUCCCUUCAACCUGCUCGAAGAAGAAAGAUCGCAAAAGCUUUUGCACUAUUCAUAGCACAGGCUACUUAAAAAGCUGGCCUCCAACAAAGAUGGGCCUGGAUGAAGACAACGAGCCAGACAACGAGGGCUGUAACCUGAGCUGCCUUGUUGCCAUCGGGAGGCUCCAUCCGCACGUGGUGCCGCAGCCGGCGAACGGCGAGAUCCGGGUGAAGCCCACGGAGUACGUGUCCCGGCACGCCAUCGACGGCAAGUUCGUCUUCGUAGAUCAGAGGGCAACAGCCAUCCUGGCAUACUUACCCCAGGAACUUCUAGGUACUUCGUGUUAUGAAUACUUUCAUCAAGAUGAUAUAGCACAUCUUGCAGAAUGUCACAGACAAGUUUUGCAGACAAGAGAAAAAAUUACAACUAACUGCUACAAGUUUAAAAUAAAAGAUGGCUCUUUUAUUACGUUGCGGAGUCGCUGGUUCAGUUUCAUGAACCCUUGGACCAAAGAAGUAGAAUACAUUGUCUCCACAAACACAGUCGUUUCCACCACGGUCCUGGACAGCGGGGACGCGGCCUUUCCCCAGCUGGCAGCGUCCCCACACAGCAUGGACAGCGUGCUCCAGGCUGGAGAAGGUGGCCCCAAAAGGACCCAUCCCACUGUGCCUGGAAUUCCAGGUGGAACAAGAGCUGGGGCAGGUAAAAUAGGGAGGAUGAUUGCUGAAGAAAUCAUGGAGAUUCACAGGAUAAGGGGAUCAUCACCUUCCAGCUGUGGCUCAAGUCCCCUGAACAUCACCAGCACCCCCCCACCCGACACAUCCUCGCCAGGAGGGAAGAAGAUCUUGAAUGGUGGCACUCCAGACAUUUCUUCAGCUGGGCUGCUGUCUGGGCAAAUCCAGGAUAAUUCUGGCUACCCGUAUUCCGACAACUCCUCUAUCCUGGGGGAGAACUCCCACAUCGGCAUGGACAUGAUCGACACGGAGCAGGGCUCCAGCAGCCCCAGCAACGACGAGGCGGCCAUGGCGGUCAUCAUGAGCCUGCUGGAGGCCGACGCGGGGCUCGGCGGCCCCGUGGACUUCAGCGACCUGCCCUGGCCCCUGUGAGCAACCCACAGCCAAGUGCAUUUACUGCUGCAGCUCCGCACUCUGGGAAACGCGUGGGACUGAGAGGCUUUUAUGUGGGAACUUCAUAAAAGCUGUGUCAGAAUGCAACUCAUCCUACCAUGUGUAACUUCAGACAAAGUGGAAUAACCUGCUACAGUGUUCUGUGUUGAUUUGGUUAGCUGUGUAUAGCUUGCAAUACUUGUAUAUUUUGGAUUCUGUUGUUUGAAAUUUUUUUUAAAUCACUGUGCGACUCACUGGCAUCAGUGGUAGCUUUUAUAUGCAAAUGACCAUUUCAGAUGUAUGGUGUGUUUUUACACUGCAAAACAGUCCCCAUGUGGAUAUUUCUUAUACUAAUUGUACCAUAAAGCUGUUUAUUCUUUCUUGUAAGAAUCCUUUACUAUAAAUAUUGUUAAAGUGUAAUGUAUUAGACAGUUAAAUAUUUUUAAAAUAAAUGUUUCCCUUGUUCUAAGAUGGAGCAUUUACUUUGAUAAAUAAAUUUGAUAAAACCCUGCUGAAGGUGCAUGCUAGAA